AUGAUGAUGACGCAGUUGCAUACCGUCAACCCACCUCAAGAAGUAGUGGACGAGAAGUCUUUCAAGAAACGUAAAGCCCAUAGCGAUCUCAGGGAAAUGAAAAAGGUCCACUCACUUGAUAGCGAAGAGCCCUACGAUAAUCUUGGUGACGUCAUCAUUCCCAGCACGGAUAAAGAAGGAUGGUGUCGUAACAAGAAGUAUAUCGAGAAAACUGAUGGCGGUUUCAUGUGCAUGGUGUGCAAAAAGGUCUACGGUCGAUACAAUUCGGUCUCUUAUCACGUGACGAUUUAUCAUCGAAACCCUCCGAUCAAUCAGGAAUUUGGACAGCUAUCCGACCAAGGAUCACGAAGAUGUCCGCAUUGUCGACAUGUUUCGAAAAGCCCCGCGAUGUUGGAGAAACACAUAAGAAGACAUCAAAUUGUGGAACCGAGGGACGAAAGCGCUGAGAUCGAUUCCACAUCAAUGGAAGUGGUCGUUGUCGAUGAUGAAAUAACCGAGGUUGGUUGA